AUGGCACCUCAAUUUCUGUCUGGCGACAAAAACGCCAUCGACGGAUUCUUGGAUAAAUUCGAUGUCUUCCUGUUCGACUGCGAUGGCGUCCUCUGGUCCGGCGAUCACCUAUUUGAAAAGGUCCCCGAGACCCUGGAGAUGCUGAGGAGUAAAGGCAAACAACUCGUUUUCGUCACCAACAACAGCACAAAGUCCCGAGCGGACUACAAGAAGAAGUUCGAAAAGCUCGGUAUCCCCGCCGAGGUGGAAGAAGUCUUUGGAUCCUCUUACAGUGCCGCGGUAUACAUUGCCCGCAUUCUCAAGCUCCCUGCGCCAAAGAAUAAAGUCUUCGUCCUCGGCGAAAGCGGCGUGGAACAAGAACUCGAUGCCGAAGGCGUCCCAUACAUCGGCGGCACAGACCCCGCCUACAACCGCGAAUUCCGACAGCCAGAAGACUUCGAAGCUAUCGCGAACGGCAGCCUGCUCGACCCUGAUGUUGGCGUUGUGCUGAGUGGAUUGGACUUCCACUCCAACUACCUCAAGACUGCAAUCGCGUUCCAGUACCUUCAGCGUGGUGCCAUAUAUCUCGCUACGAAUAUCGACUCUACGCUGCCAAAUGCGCAUACUUUGUUUCCAGGUGCUGGUGCUUCGGGCGCUUCGCUUGAGAGGGCUAUUGGCAAAUCGCCAUUGUCUUUGGGGAAGCCGAGUCAAGCUAUGAUGGAUGCCGUAGAGGGCAAAUUUAAAUUCGAUCGUAGCAGGACCUGUAUGGUUGGAGACAGGCUGAACACAGAUAUCCAGUUCGGCAUCGAUGGAAAGUUGGGCGGCACACUGGCUGUACUCACGGGUGUCAGUAAGAAAGAAGACUUUUUGGCCGAGGGUGCGACGACUGUUCCCACGGCUUAUGUCAAUGCGCUAGGUGAUUUGCUGGGUUAG